GCCACCCGUCUUCAGAGCGCUGCUCUGCGCGUUGCGUAUUUGUCCUGUAGGUGUGAGUAACCCGUGUAAUUAAAAGAAGCCAUCUUCACGUUGCUCGGCAACCGCGCAGUGGGUUUUCCGGGUGGAUAAUUUCUGCUUUUUGUCCGAAAAUAGCAUAAAUCGGCCGGCAAAGCAGCGUUCUGAGAGCCUGGGAGCACAGGUCUACAUUAAAUCCCCCACGUGAGACAGGAACCCAGCUCUGUUCCUUCUGAUGCCCAUCACCAGCCUGAACUCAGCCCCACACCUCGCAGAGCUGAUGCUUCCAAACGCUUCCAGCCCUCAGAUACUGGCGGCCAUCGAUCACUACACGAGUAUUUAACACGUUGUUGUUACAGACUUUAAUAUCCAAGUUCAGCUUCUCAGCCUAUUUCAGACGUUUGGUGUCUUUUCAGCAUAUCUUUGCUGUGUUUUCAGGAUGUGUUUGGGAUCUCAGCCCAGCAGAGCUGCAGAUCUGUGUGUUCCUGAUGUUCCUUUGCUUCUCAUGUUUUUCAGCCAUGCUCUGCACUUCUCAUCCAGCAGCGAUGAUGAAUUUGAAAUGUUUUUAGCAAAAAUGAAAACUCCCAAAUCGGUCUCCAAAAAGGAGGAUUCCAGUUUGAAGGACUUCAUCAAUGACUCGAUGGAUGAUUUCUUCUCGGACUUUAAAAUGAAAAAGAGCACAGCAAAGAAGGCACCAAAAGAUCUUCGGACCCCAAAGAAGCUGACAACUUCAGAGAAGGAAAAUGCUUGCUGCAAAGAGCUGCAGUAUCCAGAGGCUCUGAGCGACACUGAUGAUUCUGUGUUUGUGGACAGCCCCUGGCAGGAACACCGACAUGGAAGAGUGAAGGACCUGAAAGAGAGUUGGAAGUGCCUAAAAGUGCCACCUCCACAAAGUGGGGAAGAAUUGGCAGCCAGAGGGAGCGUGGGCUUCCUUGCUGGGAGGGCAGAAAGAAGCUGUGAGGGGAGCACAGGAAAUAAAACAUCAGCCACGCCACCCCAACAGAGUGCAGAGUUACAAUCAGAUAGCUCAGAUGGUGAGUUUGAAUCAUUAAUAGAAAGGAUAAGGAAACGGAAUACGCCCCGGAAACCCAUCUUAAGCACAAGUAAAGCUGUCUACCAGCCGAGCACAAGAGAGAACAUCAAGCCUCUCUGUGAAGGUGCCCAGUCCUUGGAUGGAAAGGGAGUCAAGAUACCAACAUCAAAAUCUGUUUCACUUCAAGAAACGCCUUCCAAGAUAACGGCUUCUGUCAGAAUUCCUAGGAGCGAAUCUGUCGGUCGCUCACAGUCACAGAGAAAGCUUAACGUGUGCUCAGUGCCUGGCUGCUUCUUACAAGAUCUCUCAAGUCCAGAUUCCCAGUAUGUGAAGUAUUUCAAGAAGAGUAAAGAGGAGCUGACGCAGAAGCUUUACCGUCUCUAUAACAGCACCAUCUUUGAGCAGAAGUUACCAGAGAAAAUGGUAAUAAACUGGAACAAAAAAAUGAGAAAAACAGCAGGAUACUGUGUGACUGGGCAGACAAAGGGCCCCGAAGCACAGCGUUACGCUCGGAUCGAGCUGUCAGAGAAAGUCUGCGAUUCUGCAGAUCGCCUUCGAGACACACUGAUUCAUGAGAUCUGCCAUGCAGCCACCUGGCUGAUCAACGGCGUCCGCGAUGGGCACGGCCGGUUCUGGAGGUUCUAUGCCAAUAAAUCAGCUGUGGUUCACCCAGAACUGCCUGUGGUAACACGAUGUCACAGUUAUGAGAUCAAGUACAAAUUCACGUAUGCAUGCGUUGUGUGCAAAGCCACGAUUGGCCGCCACUCCAAGUCCUUGGACACGGAGCGCUUUGUGUGCGCGUUCUGCGGGGGGCGGCUGGUGCUGAGCCAGCCCAAGGAUGGCACCCCUGCCAGGACCAACCUCACACCCUUUGCAAAGUAUGUCAAAGAAAACUACGGUCUGACUAAAAGAGAGCAGCAGGGUUUGAGCCACGCUGAAGUGAUGAGGAAACUCAGUGCUGAUUUUGCUUUGAAAACGAGGCUUGAAGAUUCCUUGUAGUGGUGUGCUACAUUUGCUGCUUUGAUGCCACUCGGUUUUUCUGUGUGGCAGGAAAUAGAUGAGCCUAUUGUGGAACCUGUGAGUGUGUGUUGUAGAGGCUUCCAGACCACUUGUAUGCUUUGGAUUUCAAAACCUCCAAUAAAGACCCCGAGGCCUUUUCUAAACUGGGCAAAAGUGAGUAAAGAGUAACGAUGAUGAUGAUGGCAAGUCCGUGGCGACGAUGCACAGAUCAGUCAGGCUCCCCCUCUUAGAAGGUGGACCCUUCCUUGGACACAGCUGUUAAUGUUUGUGGUUUUCUGAUCAGUGUUUAUGCUCAGUGCUUCACAGCACGUCUUCCUUGUGAGCCAUGGGUUUAUUUUUUCACCUGCUCAGUGGUACAGAUGCUGUACAACCUUCUGUGCGCUGGCCUGCCUGGGUCUGCCAGAAGAAAACCCAGGUACCUGAGCAGCCAUCUGAUUGUGUCUGGGUGACUUCUGGGCAGGGUAAGAGGCAGACCUGAAGAAAACUUCAACAUGAGUUCAGUUGUCCUCCCAAGGAGAGUUCAUCUGAGCGAUCCUUGGCUGUUCUUGUUAAAAGCAAUAGCUAAGCAGUGCCUUGACUCCGGUAGCAGGAGGUUUUGCAAAGUUGUCUGGUUCCUAGCGAGAUCAAAAUGCUCUGAUUAAAUUUAGACUUCAGUUUUGUCUCUGUCACUAUUGUUUUUUUACCAUAGAAUGUGAAGAUCCAGUCUGAUGAUGUAACUUUUCAUGCAGAGCAUGAUUAAAUUAGUCACGGUGUUUGUGUGUGCUGUGAACAAAUCCCUCAGGUGUUACUUUGGAAUAAUCAAUAAAUGGCUUUUUAUAACAA